AUGGAUAUUCCUCUGCCCGAAGAUGUACCCGGAGUGUCUCAAAAUCAGGACCAACUGCAAGCACAACAACCUGUCCGUAAACGUCGGAGAACUCAAUUAGCCUGCAAUUCUUGUCGUCAAAGAAAGACAGCUUGCAACGGUGAUCGCCCUUCAUGCUCAUCGUGUAUAAGAAGAGGUGUUCAAGACAGUUGUUCUUAUGAGGAGGCAACUGUAGGCACUAAAGCUUCUAUUAACACUGGGAAGUCUUUAAUGAUCGGUAGUCCAAAACCAAAUGUUCACUUUCGAUCAGUCAGUCAAUUAACCUCAUCUCCGAGUCCAGCUGCAGGGAUUGUAGCUUCUCCUGGAAAUGUUGGUGGUUUGGCUAUGGUUUCCGAUACGGAGACACAAGAUUCUCUUUACGGAGGAUCAUCGACAAUUGCAUUAGUAUCUCAAGUUCGACAAGCAGCGUCAGAUCGAGCAGUGCCGAUCAAUGAAACGCAUAAAACACCGAUUGACAAUCUACCUCAACCACAUGGUGAAGUAGAAAUACUCUAUAAGCAAGAUUUUGCAAGAUUUAUUUUACCUCAACGUCAACAAGCUGAUGAAUUCAUAAAGUGUUACUGGGAAUUCGUUCAUCCAGUAUUUCCUCUUCUGGACCUCCAAACUUUCAAUGCCACUUACGAAAAACUGUGGGUACCAUCACCAGGAAAAGGAUUAGACGGAGAUGAGUUGAACGAAACAAUCUUUCACGCUACACUUAAUCUCGUUUUUGCUUUGGGAUGUCAAUAUAGUAAGGACGUUCCUCCACAACGAAAAUCAAGCUAUGCAGAUGAACUAUAUCGACGAUCGAGAAGGUUACUGAACUUUGAGAUAUUGGAUGCACUACAGUUAUCUUUGGUUCAAUUGUUUCUACUCACGGGGGUUUAUUUGCAGUCCACUGAACAUGCAAAUAGAUGUUGGAAUGUGGUUGGAUUAGCUAUUCGCACCGCACAAGGAUUGGGUCUUAACACGGAAAAUAACUCACAUAGGACCAGUCAAUUAAGUUAUGAGAUUAAGCGAAGGGUAUGGCAUUGUUGUACAUUGCUUGACCGAUUGCUGGCCAUGACUUUUGGUCGACCGAGUAUGAUUAGAACUGGAUCCUACGAUGUUCCAGAGCCAUCGAUAAUUGAUGACCGAUAUUUAACAGCAGAUUUCCAUCAAGUUCCCGGAGCUCAACCAUCUGGAAUUCAUUCUCGGAUGAAUUUAUUUGUCUACUCGCUCAGAUUAUUCGACAUUAUGGAUGAAAUACUUUCAAAGUUCUAUGUAUUUCAAGGUGGCAAGAAUGAAAGCGAUUCUACCAAGUCUUUCGAUCCUUGGUCGGUAGGUGAUCUGGCCAGUAUAUUGACCAUCAAUGCGAAACUCGAUGAUUUUCGGGAGAGUGUUCCUCGAAUAUUCAAGGAUGUUAAUUCGUUUGCGCUUGGCACCGACGCUUUCGCACCUGGCCAACUUCAUGUUGUUUUACAGUCAAAAGUAUUACAAAGCAGGUUCUUACUGGUUCGCAUCUUACUCCUACGACCCAUACUCUUAGCAUCCGUCUUUAAGGAAAAGUCGGCCCUACUCGGCAAAUCUGAGCCUGGACUAACGAAAGAUCUUGCAAUUGGAGUUUGCACAUUAUGUGUGAAAUCUGCUCACUUACUUGUUGAGACGAUACACGAAAAUCUCGACACGGGGUAUCGUAGCUCGGGAUGGCACACUGUUUACUUUGCAUUCGCUGCCGCGACUAUCCUUCUUGCGGCACAAUUAUCUCCGCUGAUCCAAGCCAGUUUAUCCACCGAACAUUGCUUUGAAACGUCAUGGACUUCAGGUAUUGAGAUUCUAGAACAUCACCAAGUUCAGAUCCAAUCAGCCAAACGAGCUAUAAACAUUCUAGAAACGUUGAAAGAGAAAGUCCAAGCAAGAAAAUCGGCUGAAAUCACGGAUCCAUCGAAUGGAAAUCCACUCGAGUCAAAUAUAACUGGCAAUCCAACACUUGCCGAGCAAGACUUCGCAAAUCCUCAAGGGUCAAUUGCCCAGGAUUAUCCAACUACUGUGCCUGGAGCUCCCAAUGGAGGGCUUGGGAAUGAUAAUAUUAUCAUGUUUGAUACAGGUAUGCAGAUGGAUUCGAUGAAUGAUGCUUGGUUUACCCAGCAACUUUCGGAUUUGAAUUGGUUGGAUUAUUAUCAAGUAUCACCACAGUGA